AUGAUUAUUCAUACUGGUGAAAAGCCGUUUUCAUGUGUGAACUGUGGAAAAAGUUUUAUUCGAAAACAGCAUUUAACUGAGCACAUGAUGAUUCAUACUGGUGAAAAGCCGUUUUCAUGUGGGAACUGUGGAAUAAGUUUUAUUCAACAACAGCAGUUAACUCAGCACAUGAUGAUUCAUACUGGUGAAAAGCCGUUUUCAUGUGUGAACUGUGGAAAAAGUUUUAGUCACCAACGGGAUUUAACUCAGCACAUGAUGAUUCACACUGGUGAAAAGCCGUUUACAUGUGGGAACUGUGGAAAAAGUUUUAUUCAACAACAGCAGUUAACUCAGCACAUGAUGAUUCACACUGGUGAAAAGCCGUUUUCAUGUGGGAACUGUGGAAAAAGUUUUAUUCGAAAACAGCAGUUAACUCAGCACAUGAUGACUCACACUGGUGAAAAGCCGUUUACAUGUGGGAACUGUGGAAAAAGUUUUAUUCAACAACAGCAGUUAACUCAGCACAUGAUGAUUCACACUGGUGAAAAGCCGUUUUCAUGUGGGAACUGUGGAAAAAGUUUUAUUCGAAAACAGCAGUUAACUCAGCACAUGAUGAUUCACACUGGUGAAAAGCCGUUUACAUGUGGGAACUGUGGAAAAAGUUUUAGUCGAAAACGGUUUUUAACUAAGCACAUGAUGAUUCACACUGGUAAAAAGCCAUUUUUAUGUGGGAACUGUGGGAAGAGUUUUAGUUUAAAACAGCAGUUAACUCAGCACAUGAUGAUUCACACUGGUGAAAAGCCAUUUUCAUGUGGGAACUGUGGGAAGAGUUUUAUUCGAAAACAACAGUUAACUCAGCACAUGACGCGUCACAGUUGA